AUGGAUAGUUCCUCUUACAAGAACAAUACCAUCACCCACGUGUCUCAGACACCGGCCGUGAAUGCCGUCUCCUCGUCUAAGAAGACUCUUGCUGGUGUCUCACCCGGGGAGAAUUGUGACGCAGACACCGAUGUCAACCCCAGGAAGCCGUUAACAGCCAUACUCGUAAGCGGGAUGGUCCCCAGUGGUGUCGACACAGACUAUCAAGCCGUGCUGGACCUCUACAGCGCAAUUGAGGAGCAACGUAUUGAGUUCUGGGGCAAACUCCACUUGCCAAAGACGGAUCAGAAACGCUGGGCCAGAGAGCUGUUGCGCCUCACCGCAAGACUCUCUGCGACUUCUCUCAGUAACGUGCGUGGGCAACUGCAGGCUGCAGUUGCGAAGGCCUACGAUCUCGACCCGGAGUUCGCUCUUCUGGGACAACUGGACACAAUCAUUCAAUCCCUCUCUGACAAUCACUACGUUCAUGCUGAGUUGAUAAACUUGUUCAGACAAGUCUUCCGAGGCCUCCUACCCAUGGAGGAAGGAGAUUUGUGGCAUGCUAAGCUGGAGUUGCUUCGCGACGACAUCGAUCGGUGCAGGGCUGAAGGAGAGCGAGCCCGAUCCGAACUCCUUCAGCUACAGCCGUUGCUUCACUUCCUGAACCUUUCGCAGGUUGAGUUGGAGAAGGCCUUUAGGUCGCUUCCCGGGUAUCGUUCCAACGGCCGUCUGACCAGAGCCUCCAAGACCCUCGCGAGUGUCGCAUACGAAUGCAAGAUCUUGCAACGUCGCGCGGCCACGGGCCUACGCGAGAAGCUUCUCAAGAAGGGUACCGAUUGCGCGUCCCUCUGUGAUGACAUGUGGAUCCAGUCAGACAUACAAAGUCGCGCGUUUGAGAUAAUCCAGGCGGAGGUCGAAGCUGCGCGACGUGGCCCCGAUGAUAUACGAACACCUCUUGGCGUAUUCAGCAUCUCCGACGUGAUCCGUGCGCCGAGCACGUACCAAUCACUUCAAGACACGAUAGAUCUACUUCACAAGCGCCAGAUCGAUCUACUUAUCAAAAGGAAGAGAGCGAGCAUCGACAUCGUUGACGCGCUGAUGUGA